UGGUGCGAGCCCAGACUGCCGCGAGCGAGUGUUUCAUUCAUAUGUAAAUGAACUACUAUAAAACCAUGACUUAAACCCUUCACAGAUGAACUGCUAGUCCCAUUCGGUCCCGGCAGACGCCAGACACAAUAAAGGAGACAAAAUACAGCAUCUUCACUCUGUAUUCCGCCAACAUCACUGAUGGAUCCCGUGGUCCGACUAGGCAAAAACAGCUUCGGGGAGGAAGAGGAUGGAUUUUAUGCUAUCAAGGGUGAUAGAAAGACGCGAAAACCUUUAGUGGAGAAGAAGAGACGAGCCCGCAUCAAUGAAAGCCUGCAUGAGCUCAGGACACUACUGGAAGAUAACGAUCUGCAGACUAAAAUGGAGAACGCAGAGGUACUUGAAUUGACAGUGAAACGAGUUGAAAACAUCUUACAGAACCGUUCACAUGAAGCUGAAACUAUGAAUCAUGAGGCCAGUGAGAGAUUUGCUGCAGGUUAUAUCCAGUGCAUGCAUGAGGUGCACACCUUUGUGUCCACAUGUCCCGGGGUUGAUGCCACCGUGGCUGCAGAGCUGCUCAAUCACCUGCUGGAGUGCAUGCCAUUAAAUGAAAAUCAUGUUCAGGAAAUGAUCAUGGAUCUCUUAUCAGAGUCCCCUAACUCUAGUGGAUCAUGGGCAGCUGGAGAGGCCCUGAGCCCAGGAGGCUGCAGUGUGUCUUCAGUAUUGUCCCCAAACCCUUCCAGUGAGGAUCUUUGCUCCGACUCGGAAGAGACGGAAAUCGAAGGGAGCCCAGCAUCAGCUGAGGAGAGCCUGAACUCCUCCAUUACACAUGGCAAGUUUAUGUGGAGGCCAUGGUAGGAACACUUGGCAAAGGACCCUCUUCAAUAUCGUCAAUAUUUUUUAUAUUUCACUUAUUUCUGUGUGGAAACAUUGAGGAAUUCUAUUGAAAUUUCACGAGAAAAUGUUAAGAGCUUCAGGAUUUUACAGCCACAUGCUGAUAUGGUGGGAUAUAGCAUUAUACAAUGGAUCUAUACAGAAUACAUGCGUACGAUGACAUUUACCUUGGAUAACUACAUAUUUAUACCUGACUGUUCAAGCAUGUUUUCAAGAAGUGGUAUGUCCUAAAGCUCUUUAAGAAAUCUAGUUAUUUUAGAAAUCUGGUUCUGGAUUGAUUUGCCUUUCAAAGUCAACUGCAAUGGCUUUUACCAUUGAGACAAGUAAAAUGUAAAAGAAAUCAUGUUUGUAUUGUUGUAGACCUAGUUAUGCACUAGAAAGGCGCAGAUAUUGUUAAGCUUAAAAUGGUCUUCACGACCUUUGUGUAGUAUUAAUAUUAAAAUCUGUUUUUGUAUUAUUUAAUGGUUUAUAAAUAAUAAAAAAUAUUCACUUAGUGUCAGUUCAAGGUUAAUAAAUUAUAUUGAAUAGCCUAUAACAGGAUCCAGCUGAAGUUUUGAUGUAGAUGACUCUUUGUAGAGUAAAAACAUCGCAAAUUGAUGGCUAAGUAAACAAGUUUAUUGGAGUUUUUUUUACUAUAGUUUUAUAUAAUGCCAAUAAUCAAAUAAAAUUCUCCUAUGAAAAACCUGUAUUAUUCUAAAAACCAGGAAACAUUUUGAGGUGUGGCUUAUAGGAAACACCUGUCAUAUUGGUCCUUUAGGUUAUAUGCCUAAACACAGCAAUUUAACCAACCAAUGGGAUGCACAAGGAGGUCUUUGAGAAUACAAAGAGCAGGGUGAGGAAACAGUUAACCGUCUGCCUGCUGAGAGAACAGAUGGUAACGAAACAGAUCCCUCGGGACCAAAAUGUUGGAUGCAGAACCAGCUGGUUUAUUUGUGAGGAAAAAGAUCAAUAUCGCUUUCACCUUCAAAGUCCCCACAAUACAACUACUUAUGAUAAUUUGGGUGCACUGAAUAAGAUCGCUGAUGUAGGAUUAAUCCACAUAACAGCCUAACAAUGUGACUCUAAAGGUAAAAUUCACCCAAAAAAUUAAACAUUCUAUCAUCAUUUACUAACCUACAUGUUGAUGUAAACCUGUACGAGUUUCUUUAUUCCGUUAAACACAAAGA